AAUCCUGCCGAAGCUGCCAACGGACGAACACCGUGCAAUCUACCGCACUGCAGUACAAUGAAAGAGGUUCUACAGCACAUGACAAUUUGUCAUAAUGGACGACAAUGCACCUCACUGCAAGACAUGAGUCAGCUUCUUGGUCCUGGGUCAGUCGGAGCGCCAGGAUCAGCUGGAGGCGGGAGCAUUGGAGCAGGUGGCCCACAAUCAGUUGAUCCAAUGGCACAGUUUGGCUCGCCUGCACCGGCCUCCAGUGCCGGAGCAGCGGCGGCGGCAGCAGCUGCAGGUAGCUCAGCACCACCAAGUGGCACUGGUGUCUCCGGUCCUCCUAGCGGCCCAAUGUCAGCUGCAGGAUUACUGAACGACUACAAUCCUCCUAUGAACGAUCCGUUCCGAUCACCCAAUCCACCAAACAAGCAUGCCGGCCCAGGUUCAGUUGGUGCCGCAUCCGGAGGUCAUCAUGGUAUGAUGGCUCGAGCGCCUGGUGACUUCUCAACGAUCAACUUUCCACCUCCUGAUGUACCAAGUCAUGCAAAGGUAAAGGAAUGGCAUCAGCACGUCACUCGUGAUCUUCGUAAUCACCUCGUUGGCAAGUUGGUGAAGGCAAUAUUCCCGUCACCGGAUCCAAACGCGAUACACGACCAACGAAUUCGUGACCUCAUCAACUAUGCUAGAAAAGUCGAAAUGGAGAUGUUCGAGUCAGCCAAUGACCGAGAAGAAUACUAUCACCUGUUGGCGGAGAAGAUUUACAAGAUUCAAAAAGACCUCCAAGACAAGAAAAACUCAAGGCUUCGUGCGGAUAGCGGAGCUAGUGCAGGAGGGGGCGGGCAGCAGCAGUCCGGAGGAAGUGUACCUGCCGGCCAGGCGCAACCAGCUCCAAACACGAUUGGCUCAAUUCCCGACUUCGAUAUGGACAUGCCGAAUCCACCGAAUCGGACUGCUGGGUCAACCCCACUUCCACCGGGCCUUCAGACGCAACAGCAACAAGCACCACAAUCACAUCAGCAGCAUAAUAUGGGUUGGACCGGUGCAACUGGGAGUGGUCCGUUGUCGGCUCCGGCGUCAGCGGCAGAUUCACGAGUGCAACAACAACGCUCACAGGAGCGAAUGGGUGCGCAGCAGUCGAACAGCAGUCAUGGAUCGGCAGCUGGAACACCUUUGGUGAAGAUGGAAGCUAUGGACUCCAGUGAGCAGAAUGGUCCGCUAUCAUCGUCAACAAGUGUAUCAUCAACAAAUGGCUUGCCUCCGACGUUAGUGAGGUCAGACUCCAAGGCGAAAGUCGAAGAGGGAUGCUCAGCUGCUCCGGGUCCGUCUACGGGCACUACGGUAGCUGUUCCAACUACUUCAACAAAGGCCACUCCGGCUAUAAAAACAGAGUCCACUUCAUCUCCUAAGAAAGAAAUCGUGAAGAGGGAGCCUACGCCACCUCCCGGAGAGGAUACAAUCUUUGAUGCAAACGAGUUGCGACAUUAUUUACGACCUGUUUGGGAAAAGAUGGAUUGUUCCGAGGAUGCUGUACCCUUCCGUAUGCCAGUCGAUCCGGACUUACUACACAUUCCGAUAACGGUCGGUCGGUACAAGAAUCCAUGGGAGUUCUGUGAUGAUAUGUGGUUAAUGUUUGAUAACGCAUGGAUGUACAAUCGCAAGAAUAGUAAAGUGUACAAAUAUUGUACAAAGUUGAGCGAAAUGUUCGUGACGGAAAUGGAUCAAGUCAUGCAACAAAUGGGUUACUGUUGUUCGAGAAAGCUGUCAUUCACCCCGUUGGCUUUAUUCUGUUAUGGUGCCAUCGAUGUGUCGAUAGGCUCUCUUGGCUACGAACAAACAUCUUCACAAUAUGGCAGAGUGACGGUGUCUGAACGGUACACAUACUGUCUCAAAUGUUUUGACGCCUUGCCACCAGAAGGCAUUUCUCUAUCGGAAAAUCCGAACGAUCAGUCGAACAUGGCACCAAAAGACAAGUUUGUACAAAUGAAAAACAACGUGAUCGACUAUGAACCGUUCGAAGUGUGCAAAUACUGUCAUCGAAAAUGGCAUCGAAUUUGUGCACUCUACGAUAAAAAGGUGUUUCCUGAAGGUUUCAUCUGUGACACAUGCCGCAAAGAGAAGAGCUAUCCUAAACCGGAGAAUCGGUUCAUGGCAAAACGAUUACCGCACAACAAGCUGUCACAAUUCUUAGAAGAUCGGGUGAAUACUUUCUUGAAGAAGGCUCUUCCAAGCAAUCCUGAGCAAUACGAAGUAAUUAUUAGAACGCUGUGUGUUCAGGACAAGGAAGUUGAAGUGAAGCCACUGAUGAAGUCGAAAUAUGGUCCUCAAGGCUUCCCGGAUCGAUUCAAUUAUCGAACAAAGGCCGUUUUUGCAUUUGAGAUCAUUGAUGGUGUGGAGGUGUGCUUCUUUGGACUUCAUGUUCAGGAAUACGGUAGUAACUGCAAAGAACCAAAUGCAAGUUACGUAAAACGGUUGGGGUACACUAUGGCCCAUAUAUGGGCGUGCCCUCCGUCAGAAGGUGACGAUUACAUCUUUCAUUGCCACCCUCCAGAACAGAAAAUUCCGAAGCCAAAGAGGCUGCAGGACUGGUACAAAAAGAUGUUGGAGAAGGGUGUGACCGAGAAGACUGUCGUUGAAUUCAAAGAUAUCUACAAGCAGGCUCGUGAUGAUAAUUUGACGACGCCAAUGAGUUUGCCGUACUUUGAAGGCGAUUUCUGGCCAAAUGUCAUUGAAGAUUGUAUUCGUGAGGCUGGAAAUGAAGAAGCUCAACGUCGUAAAGAGGUUGCGGAAGCUGACGAAGACGACGAAGACAUCUUCCAGUCGGGUGAUAAUGGCAAGAAAAAGAGUUCCAAGAACAAGAAGAAUAAUCUGAAGAAAAAUUCGAAGAUGAAUAAGAAGAAGCAGGGCAGCUCUACCGGUAAUGAGGUGGCUGACAAGUUGUACUCACAAUUUGAGAAGCACAAGGAGGUGUUCUUCACUAUUCGGCUAGUUACACAACAGUCAGCGCUGUCACUACCGGAAAUUGUCGAUCCAGACCCGCUCAUGGCCGUCUGA